AUGGAAGAUGAAGGCAGGCAAUCGCAAUCCUGUGGUAACGAGCAGCAGACAAUUCAGCACUCCAGACCUUUUUUCUACGUGCAACCUCCAUCCCAACCUUACUACCUGUAUCAGCAGUGGCCAAUGCAGAACCCUUACAGCCACUACGGUCUCCAAGCAGGUUUUCAUUUUGGCCGCCCCUACAUGAGUCCUCAGUACAUGCCGUACCCGGGCCUCGUUGUCCCUCACCCCCCGUUGCAUCCAAUGGAUUACCGCCGCACGUUUGAGCCUCGCUUUUACCCGCCCACCUGGAAUGACGACGGCUCACGCCCGCCGCAUCAGCAGGCUCACGGCCAACGGCAGACGGCCAACUCCGAGGUCCAGACCGAGCCCUGCGGCUCCAUCAACAAGCUGGUGGAGUUCCUGGAGAAGAUGGAGCUGGACUCGGGGAUGGCGUCGCACUCCUCCGGGACGUCCUUUCCGCUGGAGGAGAAGAAAGGUGAAGAGCAGUGCGUCGCUCACCUUCUGACCCAGGUGGUGGCGGCCCGUUCAGAGUCUCAAGCGGUGGCGUUCAGUGACUCCACCACAACUGUGUACGGCGGCGAAACCAGCCACAUGAGCUUGGAUGCCUCCUCCCCUCAGGCGUACUGGCACGGAGGGCUGGAAGUGGCCUCCCCUCUUGAUAGCUCUUCCUUUCACGAGGACGGUCCACAUCCCGAGAAUUCAACCACGUCUGAGCCUUUCCUCGCUCACAAUAAGUCCGACGCGGAAAAUAUCCAGUCAGAGUUUGUUGCGGCCGUUUGCAGCCCUCCCAAAUCCGCUGCUGACCCGUCUCCUUCUCCGUCCCCCUCGUCCGAGAAGCCCGACGGUGAAGAGAGUUUCGACAAAGUUUUAAGCGAUGUCGAGACCGAUUACAAGAUUCUCCAGCUGCCCUUACAGGGCGUUUUCAGCGCGGGAGCAGCAUCGCGCUUUUCGUCCUCGUCCUCCCUCUACUACCAGAACCACCGCCCCUCCGGCCACGAGCGCUUAAGCGUUCUCAGCCCAUCCCUGGACGAGCUCUCCUCUCGGGAUGAGAUGUUUUCCACAGACCUCGAGGACGUGGAUCUCUACCCCCGGCGAGCCUACUCGGGAAGGAGGAGGACAAACGUGGCGGAAGCCGAGCAGGCGUCAGAGGAAGUUCCCGCAGCGCACGUGUGGCUUCCCAACAAGACCAACAAGAGGCUCAAGUGCAACUGCUGCGGUGCAAGUCUGCCCAAGAGUGGCACUCGCAGCAAAGUCCACACCGCCAAGGUGUAUCGGGAUGAAGCCGCCACCUCCGAGGAGGACGAUGGCUGCAAAAGAGGCUGCGAGCCAUCGCGAGCACCGCCCAGAAAUUAUCCUCCUCCCGGCAAGUCUCACUUGGACCCCCAGAAGCAGCCCGUCAAGUUCUGGACCAAACGGAGUCAGUACAAAGACCCCAUGGAGUCCACCGCUCAGGGUUAUGACAACAGACCCGGAGAGACCGGCGGGCGCGAGCUGCAGUUUAGAACUUACCAGGAGAGAGGCCAGCGCGGCGUGUCCGAGCGCAGCAAGAGGAAUGUCGGCAGCGGAGCCAUUCCCAGAAGAUGGCCUACGCAGCGACAAGAGUCGAGCAUGCCGAGGGCGCCGAUGACACCUCCAAGACCCCGACGUGACGACGACAGCAACGACGACAACUAUAAAGAAUUGCCGUCCUUGCCUUGGGACAAAGUGUGA